CUCUCACACACACAGUCCUGUGUGAAUGAACACACCUGAUGGCUGGAGAGGAUUAUUUCUUUGUGUUGCAACGAUUGGCUCAUCAGCCUGAAUAGAAAGAGGGCGAGACCAACCAUCCCUCCAACAAUGCAUUUCUGAGUUAAUUUCACUAAACUCUAAUGGAAUAAUAAUAAUAAAACACGUCGAAAUUGCCAACGAUUUUUCUUCUGAUUGAGGCCUAAAUGCCAAUUUAUAAUACCGGGUUGUAAAUGUGUGAUAUUAGAAAUGAAUCAGGAAACAUUUAUUUACCAAAAUAUGCCAAACAUACAAGGAACUUCAUAAAUAUGUUCAAGCAGCAUCAUAGUUUAUUUUAAGGAGUAGCUCUGCCCCCUCACUGUAAUAUGCGUUUAUGACAUUUGGGCACAUUUUGUGGAAAAUCUCCACAUUGUCCAGAGCGGAGAGGAGGUGGGCUCAGAGCAGCAUCGCGUUAGGCUUUAAGAUAAAUAAGAAGAAAAUGAAAUAAAUGUGCGUGAUCUGCUUCAGAGAUACAGGAGAGUUCCCGGCGCCAACGCUUUUGUAUGUGGCGAAGCUGUGAAGCUGUUUCAAACCGUAAUAACAGUCUGAACCAGUGGUUGAGUGCGUGAGAUGAAAGAACGUGACAAUUACCCCGAAGGCAUCCAGGGAAACUGUGCAGGAGGCUGUCACGGACCAAACCUCUGGUUUACAGUACAGUCAUCCUGUCUCUGAUAAUCCCGCUGGUUAAAUCUACCGGCUAUAAUGAGCCCAUUUUAAAAGGUAAAUCACAAGUGGCAUAAAGCAAAUACAAAUAUUUGUCCUUUUGCACAUGUGUUUUUUAGUUUAGGUUUGUUGACUUUGAUGGAAUUUCUCACUCAAAGGCAGCAUACCUGACGUGGUUACGUCUGAAUUCCAACGGAAACGUUCCGGUGGUAGGUGGGGGAACAGGCGGCAGGCGUCCAACUGGUUCCCCCACAUUUAAGGAGCCGCAUAACUUUCCUAUCUCGCCACACCCCGACCCGACCUAUAAAGCAGGACCCGAGAGAUAAGACGAAGCACACGCGGAGCUCAACCACCGACCCGGACGCUCUCCCCGCCCGCCACCCGACUGCAGCAGCGGAAAAAAACAAAAAAACAACCUCCACCCGUCGCGAAAACCAUGAGUCUGAGGAGCAAGCAGGGCACCCGCCCGGGCCUCCGCCCGCCUCAGAGGGGCUUCAGCAGCAGGUCCGUGUCGUCCUACUCCAUGCCCAGGGUCAGCAACGGGACCCACGUGGCGCCCCCCAUCACGCCCGUGACCAUCAACGAGGGCCUGCUCACGCCGGUCAACGUGGACAUCGACCCCGCCAUCCAGGUGGUGCGCACCCAGGAGAAGGAGCAGCUCAAGGGCCUGAACAACCGAUUCCUCUCGUUCAUCGACAAGGUGAUAAUACUGGAGCAGCAGAACAAAAUGCUGCAAACCAAGUGGAAUCUGCUGCAGGGAGGGGCCGGCGCCCCCGCCUCCGACGUGGAGCCCAUGCUGAAGUCCUACAUCGGCGGCCUGCAGAGGCAGCUGGAGGUCAUCAUCAGCGACAAACACAGGCUGGACUCGAACAGCAAAGCCAUGCACCAGGAUUUGAGCAAAUACAAGGAAAUGUUCGAGGCUGAGACGAACAAGAAGCACGAGAUAGAAAUCGAGUUUGUCGCGCUCAAAAAGGACACGGACGCCGGCUACAUGUCCAAGAUGGACAUGAGCGAGCAGCUGUCUUCGACCAGCGACGAGUUCCACUUCUUCAAGGCUCUGUACGACGCGGAGCUGCGGGAGCUGCAGGAGAGCCUGAGGGAGACCUCUGUGGUGGUGCAGAUGGACAACUCCCGUGACCUGAACAUGGACCGGAUCGUGUCCGAGGUCAAGGCCGAGUACGAGGACAUCGCUGCUCGCAGCCGCUCCGAGGCUGAGGGCUGGCACAAGAGCAAGUUGGACCGGAUCACCACUGAGGCGGACCAGCACGGCGAGAGCAUGCGCGGCGCCAAGGCGCAGAUAUCCGAGCUCCGCCGCCUGAUCGCCCGCCUGCAGAACGAAACGCAGGCCGUGAAAACACAGCACGCCAGCGUCGAGAGCCAGAUAGCCGACGCGGAGCAGCAAGGCGAGGGGGCCGUGCGGGACGCCGGGGCUCGCAUCAGGGACCUGGAGCUGGCUCUGCAGAGGGCCAAGCAUGACAUGGCUCUGCAGGUCAAGGAGUACCAGGAGCUCAUGAACCUCAAGCUGGCCUUGGACAUCGAGAUCUCCACCUACAGGAAGCUGCUGGAGGGAGAGGAGGAAAGAACUGGGUACGACUCUGUAGUCAACAUCCGAACAGUGGCCCCCAAGUCCGCCAAAAUCAAAAGGCGCAGGUCAGGUGUUUUCAUCAAGACGGUGGAGACCAAUGAAGAAUAUAUUAAGGCAAAAGACCCGCUGUAAGCAUUUAACUGUAACCAUAUCUCCAACAUCUUUGUUAAUGAACAGCACCAAUGAGUUUGUUCUUCUUCUUUUAUUGGAUAUCACGUUAAUCUCUGUGUUUACAAUAAAGACUUUCUCUGGA